AUGGAAGAGUUGGACUUGCGCCGUUUUGAGGAAGUAGAAGAAGAGCUGUUGUCUGCAAUUGUCUCGCCUGUCUGGAAGCUCGUUAAGCUUGCAUCUGCUUCUGUUUCUGCUUUCGAGCUAUCCCUCGGCAUAAACAAAAAGGGACGCGAUGAGGAUGGCUGUUUGCACUGUUUGCACACGCAUCCCACUGGAGGGUUGAAUAACACCGAAAAGGUCGCUCUUUUGCCGUACAACUUCCAAGCCAACGACAACUAUUCAAAGGAACAGAUGGGAUCCCUAUUUCUCUCUGAGGGGGGAAGGAUUCCCUUUGGAGCAGCUGUAUGUUCCCGAUGCCUUCUAAUACUCUCAGCUGGAGGUUCUCAAUUCCGGGCAAUACCACCUUGGAAGAAGACUCAUGAGCCGAACCGACAAGCAACCACACGGUAUCAACACACGGAUGCGAGGAACCAAGGAAGUUCUGGUGGGAAAGUAGCAGAUCAGAUAUAUCCAUUGAAGGGCUUUUACUCCGAGCUUCUUAACUCUCCGUCACAACCAUUAAACCCCAGCCGAACCCCUCAGUCCCAAGCUACCAACUCAGCCACUACUGCUGCUGUAGCUGAAACAACACAAUCAGAACCGCAAAGAGAACAAACACCGCAGGAGAAAUUUGGAAUAGUUUUUGGAACUCGACUUGCUGGGCCGGGUUAUUCCUCGACACGCUAUAAUCCUUCUACUGCUCCCAAGUCGGCCUGGCGUACGAUCAAUGGGGUACCAAUACCGCCACGGCCAGAAGAACCAGAUAAUUGUUGCAUGAGCGGAUGUGUACAUUGCGUUUGGGAUGAUUAUCGAGAUGACGUCGAGGCUUGGGCGCAGAGAAUAAAUGAGGCGAAGAAACGAGAUGCCCCUCGCAGAGGUUCAAAGAAGAAAAAGCACCCGUUACCUGAUAUGAGGCAAAGCCCACGAAGCGAAGUUGACAGUGCAAGUACAAGCAUGGAUGAUGAUGGUGGUGGAAGCCAAGCCAGUUGGAACACUGAUAUAUCUACCGAGGCGGAUGCGGAUGCAUUGUUUGCUGACAUUCCUGUUGGCAUAAGAGAGUUUAUGAAAACAGAGAAGAAAUUGAAAGAAAAGCGCAAGAAAAAUGAAGACAAAGCCUAG